AUGUUUGAGCAGACGGAUAUGAUUGAGGGAGUGACUAGAGAAGUCACAAUUCCUGACUUCAAACCAGAACCUGUUCAUGCAAUGUUGGAAUUUUUCUAUACUGGCGAAAUAAACAAAAAUUUGUUGGGAAAGCAUGUUGAGGAUAUUUUUGCUAUUGCACAUAAAUAUCAAGUUUUGCAUGAAUGCGAGGUGUUUAUGACUAACUUGAUUGGUAAGAGAUAG